AUGUAUUCAGUUUCAGAAUGGCUUCGGUUAUUGCCUUUUCUUGGUGUACUUGCUCUACUUGGCUACCUUGCAGUUCGUCCAUUCCUUUCAAAGAAAAAGCAACAGAAAGAUAGCUUGAUUAAUCUUAAAAUACAAAAGGAAAAUCCCAAAGUGGUAAAUGAAAUAAACAUUGAAGAUUUGUGUCUCACUAAAGCAGCCUACUGUAGAUGUUGGCGUUCUAAGACGUUUCCUGCUUGUGAUGGUUCACAUAAUAAACACAAUGAAUUGACAGGAGACAAUGUGGGUCCACUAAUCCUGAAGAAGAAGGAAGUGUAG